AUGGAUUCGCAACCUCGCUUGAUAGACAAACUACCGGAGCCUUCUAAAGGCGUGGAAAUGGAGGUUUUGUUGCUCGGUAUGCCACGUACUGGCACAAUUUCACUGCUUUCAGCCUUCAAAGUGUUAGGCUACAAACCUUUCCACGGUAGCAUGAUGGAACAGUACCCCCACCUGCUUAAUAUAUGGUUAGAAGCUCUCAAGGCGAAGUUUUUCGGCAUCUCGAGCCCAUACGGUCGCAAAGAAUUUGACAAGAUGUUUGAUGGGUGGAACGUCACUUGCAACAUGCCAGGCUCGCUUCUGGCGGAGGAUCUGAUCAAAGCAUACCCGAACGCAAAGAUCGUAUUAAGCACCCGCGACGUCAGCAAAUGGCAGCGUUCAAUGAGGGACUCAGUUGAUACUGCGGUAAGAUGGAGGACUUUCGAUUGGCUCGCUUCGUGGGACCCGGACCGGAUUGGUCUGUGGUGGAGCUACCACAAGUUCCAGCACUCUCUGAGACCAAUUCUGGCUCCAAAUGGGGAGCGCCAAGCAUAUCUUGACCAUUACCAGAAGAUCAACGAGAUGGUUCCUGCGCAUCAGGUGCUGAACUUCAGCGUUGGCGAAGGAUGGGAGCCCCUCUGCAAGUUUCUCGGGAAAGAUAUCCCUACGACACCUUUCCCGAGAGUUAACAAUAAGGAUUCUUUCCUGGCAGAUCGUGAACGGCGUUGGUGGCAAAUGGUCCGUAUUAUGCUGUGGAAGACAUCGGCGCUCGCAGUCCUGUUAUUGGCUAUAUUUCUCAUGCUUUGGACAGCUAUUGCUAGUCGGCGCGGAGAUUUUUAG